UUAUCAGCAUGUCUAAUAACCUCUCAGAUAAUAGGCCUAGUGCAAUCUCGCAUUUGAAAUACAGUAUGUGCUCAAAGUUAGAGUUAAAGCGUUAGGUGCAGGUUUUUGUCCCGACACAGGCGGCUGCUGCUGUGGUAUAGAGCCACCUUAAGAAACGCGUGUGCGCUUAGUGUCAUGUGACAUAAUUCCUGGAAAGUUCUUGGAAAUCGGCCUUUUGCUUUGUGUACAGCAGUGUUUCUUGGGGAUUAAGUUAUUAAACACACGCACACACACAUACACUGGAGCCGUGCUGAAGUCGUCAAAGUUAACGUCGACGUUGUUGCCUAUUUUAAACGGCUUUUUUAGUUCGCUCAUUGAAGCAUUCAAAAUGAUGGCUAAGCCCUUGCGAUUGCUCUUUCUAAAUUCAGUGAGGUGAAGACAAAGGAUCUGUCGGAGUCUUUUGGUGCUCAGAGUUACACUCGGCAUGUCGUCGAACGCGCUUGCCAAUUUAUGGGACAUAGCCGUCUUCAAGGAUUUAUAUUUUUCUGAUUCAUCCAUUUUUUGAGGUGGACGGUUUUGUGGGAAGUCGCAAGUUAGCUGCAGGCAGGUGUCAAUGCCUCAUAAAGGUGUGUGUUGGGUGACCCUUUGUAAGGUGGCUGUGUUUAAUGGCAUCUUCCAUUUCAAGCUGACAUUGUUUCUUCGCAGCAGGAAAUCAAAAAACAAUGUCGCCUCGUGUCGAGUUUUCCUAGUUUAACGUUAGACUACGUCUUCCAGGUAAUAUUCAGUUGGACAUGUCAUUUCUUGUUACGAAUGUUCUGCGUUAGACACUAGGUAUGACAUUAAUAGCCAAAUCAUGUUAGCCGGCUAUCUAACAUUUACUAAACUAGUUUCACAGUUGUACCUAGUUAUAAAACGAAGGAGCUAGGUUCUUGCUAGAUGAUUAACAUACAGUAGCCUAAUCGAGGGUUGUUCUCGUCGUGUGGAUAGAAACGGCUUGCUAACCAUUAGCUAUGCUGAAGAUUUUCCUUACAGCCGUGCUUCAAAACCUUUGGUAACGAGCUUGCUACGAUCUGCUGCAGCACAGACCUGAGCUAGCCAGGUGAGAGAAUUGGCGGGAACCGGAAUAAAAUUGCAAGGGAAAUAUACAACCAUUUCCAAAUAUCCAACAUAUGUUUGCCCAUUGUGAAGGAUAACGAGCGUUCGGCUGCAGCUGCAUUUGUUGGAUGAGUAUCGCGCAUAUCGCGGAGUUCUCCAAUGACCUGCCAUUCCACGGACUCCACGGAAACCAUAGAGAAUGACCGGAGAUCGGAAAACGAAUCCCGAGUGGCAGAUUCCGAUCAGAAUCGAGUCGCUGCGGCGAUGAGAGAUCUUAAAAAGACAGGGUGGUACUGGGGCAGCCUGACAGCCAAUGAGGCCAAAGAGAUCCUGCAGGACGCUGCGGAGGGGACAUUCCUAAUUCGGGACAGCUCCCAGAGGGACUACCUGUUCACCAUCUCAGCCAUGACCUCCGCGGGCCCCACCAACCUGCGCAUCGAAUACAAGGAGGGGAAGUUCAAGCUGGACUCCGUGGUGCUGGUCAAGCCCAAACUCAAGCAGUUCGACAGCGUGGUGCACCUGGUGGAGCACUACGUCCUCCUGUCCCGGACUUCCUCCAGGGGCAGCGGGGGCGGUGGCGGUGAACCCCCCCUGGCUCCGCCCACAGGGGCGGUGCAGCUGCUCUUGACCACGCCCGUGUACGCGGUCACGCCCUCCCUGCAGCACCUCUGCCGCAUUUCCAUCAACAAGGCGACCAGACGGGUCCAGGACCUGCCUCUGCCCAAUAGGCUUAAGGAGUACCUAACGGACUACACCUAUCACGUGUGACCUUUCAUUGGUGGAGUUCUCUGGCUCCGCCUCCCCUGUAGCAUCAUGGACGUGCACCAGUGUGCACAUGACAUUUAAAAACUUUUUAUCUGAUCUUUUUUUUUUUCUUUCCAUGUUCUUUUUGUACUGCGAGCAUGCAAGGGAAAAUAUUUUUCAGUUGAUUUUAUAAUGGUGCAAAGUGCAUUUACGAAAUGCAACUGCAAGCAAUAUUUAAGAACUGUUUUGAAAUUCUCUCUUCCUCUUUUCUUCUUAAUAGGUUUCUUCCAAGUUCAAAGUAUUUACAUUGUUAUUUUAAAGCUAAAGACUAAUUGCUUCAGAGAAAUGGUUGUUCAAUAUUCUCCACCCCACUGUUCUUUCUCAGUGCACGUAGCCAUUUAUUUUCUCAGAAAAAGUCCUACCCUAUGAUUAAUGUUUGGUUUGACGUACCAAACAUAGAUAUGUUAUUAAUUGGCCUUGACAAAGUUUCCAUAAUCCUUUUCAGUAAUGCAUCAUGGGUGAAUGACAAUAAAACAUGCAGUAGUUGCAAUGACAUCAGCUUCUUGGCAAAAAAAAAUUACAGUGCAUUUCAGUUACAGCUAAGAUUCAGUAUUGAUUCUGCUCAGUGCACCACAUGGUGUUUGUUUUAAUGAAUAAAUGAGUAUUUUGAUUCUGUUUUGUAGGGAUCUGAAAGUCUGCCUGCUGCAUGUUCAUGUCCUGAUGUAUGUUUAACUUGGUUUAAUGUGAGCUUCUCUGGAUGAUUAUGUUAACAGAAAAAAGCGAAUUUCAUACACCAUGACCGCCAUUUGAGUGUUUGGAUGUAUUUAGUGAAAUAUAUCACCAUGGUUAUGUUUUUUUUUUCCAUUUUUUAUACUUUAAAAAAACAAGUCAAGUAUGCUUUAAUGCUGGAGGGAAUGUGUAAAUUUUUUAUACUGCCUCAUUUAAUAGAACUCCCUCCUUUUUCAGA